ACUUCUGCUUCCAUCCGUUCUCGUACUUCGUAACAUUUUGUGUUUUUGUCUGGCUAACUGCGCGUUUUUAUUAAAGGUCUUAGCUCCUUCCAAAUUUUUCUGCUACCUCAAACUGCUUAAGUCGUCAUAGUGACGUUACAAUUGUUCUUUGUGUCUAGUGCUUCAUAUAACAACUGUUCUCGUCUAUAUUGAUAGAAGUUCCAAGUAUUCACUUCGUCUGUUUCGAAGAAAUCAUGAACCGCAGCCGACCAAUGGGAGCAUUAGGUGGAGGAGGCUGGGAAGCAGGUUCUCUUCCUGGGGCAGCUGUCAAUGAACGAUCUUCAAAUCAUAGUAAAAAAGAUAAAGUUUUGGCAGACAUGUAUGAAAUGUUCUUAGACACACUUGAGGCAGAGGUCAUUGAGUGUGUGGUCCAGUCCUGUGAAUUCAACCAUAAAAAGUCUAUGGAUGCUCUUAUGGAAAUGGUGGGGACCUCUCAACUCAUGUCACAAUCCUCUCAGUCUUCACCGGCAAAAACAAAUUCUUCUACUCCAUCUUCACAAGGAAUGAUGAAGCCUUUGGAGCAUGUUGAGAAAACACCACCUACCCAACUCUCAAGCAAUUCAUACCAUCUGGAUGAAAAAGGAUCAUCAACAAGACAUGUUUUUCCAGAUGGAAAGAAGCCCUUGCCAGUGUCUAUGCUUUCGUCAAGGUACCAUCCUCAGAUUGAAAAUAAGCAGUUGCCACAACCUGUUAAUGGUUAUGGAAGACCAAGAAAUGCUCCUGGCCCACCGGCUCUUAAUAACUAUUUCCCAGCUAGGAAAAAGAAAAUUUCAGAUCCUUACUCUGGAAAUGAAGUAGCCCAGGUGAAGUGGCACAUAGAAAAUGGAUACAGGAUAAUGGUUUUAAUGCGAGGAUGUCCAGGAUCAGGAAAAUCAUAUUUAGCUAGAGGACUGGUGGUUUCAUAUGGAGGAGAUCCUAAAGAUUUUAUCUUUUCAACCGAUGACUAUUUUAUCAGAAAUAAUGUUUAUAGAUUUGAUCCCAUGUUACUAAAUGAUGCUCAUGGAUGGAAUCAGCGACAGUGUCUGAAUAAAGCAAGGGAGGGCCGCAGCCCUAUUAUUAUUGACAAUACCAACACCCAACUUUGGGAAAUGACAGUUUAUGCAACUAUUGCUGUUAACCAUGGAUAUUCUAUUGUUAUUCUUGAGCCAGAGACUCCUUGGUUUGAAAACUUAAAUGAGUUGGCCAAACGAAACAAACAUGGAGUACCCAAAGAUAAGAUAAGAGCUAUGUUAGAGCGAUAUGAGAAAAAAAUUACUGUGGAAGCACUUUUAAAUUCUACAGGUUUAAAAUAUACCAAACCACCGCCACAGCUAGCGGAACAGUCUAUUAUUAAGCUGGGUGCUUCUAAAAUUGAAAAACAGCAUGGUUCUAAACUUGUAAAACAGGAUAGCACUCAAGUAUUUAGUUCUAAAUCUAGCCCUUAUAAAAGAAGUGAACACAUGGAGUUAAAUAGUGCGUCAUCCAACUCUCCAACAGGAGAAUUUUAUUUUGGUCCUAAUACCUACAAACGUGUUGAUUUAUUCCCCUCAAAUUCUGGUAAUCAAGAGACAAGAGACCAAAAUAAUGGUACUAGAGAGAGAAAUCUAGAAUUGUUUUCAGGAGGAUUCACAAAAAGGUUUGUGCCCACCAAAAGUGAUGAGCAAAAUUUAAAUGAAACUAGCUAUGUUCCAACAAGAAGUAAAGAAUCAGAUACAGAUCAGAUAGAUCCUUCAUCUGUAAAAAUAGAUUUGAGUGUUAAAGAAAGUGUGGCUACCAGUUUAAAUAGUCCUUCCAGGCAAGGCAACGUUUUGCAGAAAGAUGUUUUGGAGUACAAUUUCCCACUAUCUGUGGAUUCAUUAAGAGCAGUACAAUCUUCUGAACAUAAAUUAACCACGCCAGCAGUCGAAAAUGAAAAACCUGUAAAUAUUCUGGAGGGCGAAGAGAACUUGGAUUCACCUAUGAAAGUUGUUUCAUCUGGUGAUAGCAUUGAUAGCAAUUCACAAGAUGCUGAACUAAUAAAAUUUGAAGAAGAUUGCAAUCCCAUUGGAGGGUCAGCAGAUUCCUUUGAUUUUAAAUCACUGUCUGACCUAAAAGAAAAGUCCAGCAGUGUGUUCAGUCUAUCAUCCUUUAAUAAUUUACAAAUGGAUAAUGCCAAAGAUGAGACUGUCAGUAAAAACCCUAAUGCACUACUGAGGUUGUCAUCCUUGAGUGACCUUUUAACUGAUGAGCCAAGCAAAUGGAGUGGUAGUCCAGACAUGGGUCAUAAUAAAAGUGUUGCUCCAAAUGAAGCAGUUUAUCUGAAAUCUGCUCCAAAGCCACCCCGUUCAUUCAGUAUGAAAAAUAUUCAGGACUAUUGUAAUUCUGUUAAAGACAUGAAUGCUGCAUCAGAUAAUGAAGCAAGUAGCUGGUCAUUUUCUGAAAAUAGUGCAGUGACAUGGCAACCCAUUGAAGCAGAAGUUUUUCAAAAAGAGAAGACUCAAAGUCCCACACAUGUUUCAUGUAAUACUCAACGAUUCAAAUUCAAGAAAUUUGAUGGGAUAGAUAAAGGAACCAAUACUAACCAUGCAGAUUUUUGUCUUCUCAGUAACAACUCUUCAGGUCCCUUAGAAGAUGGAGUAACCUUCUUAGAAACGACAGACCGAGACAUAAAUGAAGGAAGAAUUUUGUCAAACACCAAAAUAUCCCUGAAGCUUAUGCUUGACAAGGGUACUUAUACUGAAAAUGAUUUUGAAGUUGAAGACCCAAAGUCUAAAAGUAAACAAGAGAAGAUCAAAGAACUUGUGCGUUUAUUUCCUAACAGAUCUACUGCUAGUAUAAAAGAACUCUUAAAACAGUGUAACUGGGAUUUGAAUUAUGUUUCAAAUAUUCUUUUGGAUGAUACUGACAGUCCUAUUGCUUCUUUUGUAUCUGAUGAAAAUAAUGAUGCAGACUCUGAGAUAGAAUCUUCAGCUGAAGAACAAUCAGAGGAUAGUGAUGCAGAUAAGGAGGAUGCAACAGUCACCCCUGAACCUACAUGUGAAGACGUUUUGCCAACUCGUAAUGCUCAAGAGGAAGCUGAAGAAGUCAAAAGACACAUUGAGAAAAGCUUUGACUUUAAUGAGAGAUGCUACUCUCCUCAUACUUUGGCUAUUAAAAACUUAAGACGGGGCAUGAGAGAAGGAGCCAUACCAAAAACCUUACCCAUACCCCUUGGUGAAUCUGAAAUUUCAACCAUUGAAUCCACGCAAGAACCUUCAACUUCAGAUAGCAGUGAUGAGGGGAGUGAAACACUUGAGUUCAUUGUUGGUAAGGAUUUUAUCCAGCAAUUGGUAGACAAAUUUGGCAGAUCUAAUGUGAAAAGCAAAGGUACAAUAUUUAUUAAGUUUAUUACC